AUGCUUCACGGUUUUGGCAUAAAGUCAGAUCAUGCAGUUCAAAUCGAUUCAGUUAGUCAUGUAGUUCAAUUAGUUUUGUAUAAACAAACAACAAUAAUUGAUUUUCCGUGGAAGAGGAUUACCACAAUGUUUUACAAUUCAGUAGCACCAGCUCCACCUGAACCUCCACCACCAUAUACAACGUUAUUUCCUGAUCGUCAUCAAUCUCCAGAUCUCGCUCCACCAGAGCCUAGAAAUUUACAUCCAACAAGACAUGCGUAUCAUGGUCGAGGAAGAUUUUUGUCAUUAGUGGUGAUAAUAGCACUUUCCAUUGCACUAGGAAUUAUGAGAUCAUCAAAUUCAAGUGCAGCAAUGACUAUGACUCUUACAGGUUUCGGAAAUACGACAACAAUCACGACGACCACAACUACGACGACAACAACAACCACGACGACCACAACUACGACGACAACAACAACCACGACGACCACCACCACAGUCACGAUCGAAAAAUGUUUCGACGGCAAUUCUACUGUAACAAAAAGUGAUGGUGCACGAGUUCGCAUACAAGAUCUCAAAGAAGGAGAUGAAGUAUUCGUUGCUUAUCAACCUACAAAUAAUAUUAUUGAAGUAAAAACUAUUAAAAUAAUAGCUUCGGAUAUUUAUCAAAAAUACAAUAAUUCUUCACCGGUUCAUAACCUGAAAAUCCAUGUUGAAGGAAACGGUCAGAGAAAUCCAAUAUAUAUAACUCCAACACAUUCACUUCUUGUUCGAAAAAGCUCUCACGGAACCAAAAGUUAUAUUUUCGCCUCGCAGCUAGAACUCAAUGAUUAUCUUUAUUUAACUACAAAUAAUUACCAAGUAAUUAACGAAGUGAAAGUUAUUAAAAUUAAUGAAAUCGAAUUAUUUGAUGCAUAUGCACCAUUAACUUUUGAAGGGAAUAUUAUUGUUAAUGAUGUUAUUGUAUCUUGUUACGGAUCAUUUUCUCAUGACAUUGCGCAUUUGAUAAAAAUGCCUCGACGAUUUUGGCUUCGUUUUUAUAUUUCUAUAGAGCAUCUUUUACUAGAUAUGGUAAUUGUCUGA